UAUUAUUAUUAUUAUUAUCAUAUUCAUCAUCAAUGUUCACAUCAAUCCAUCAAAAUUUUAUAUUGAUUAUAACAUUAAUGGCCAUUUCAUCUAUACCGUUAAGUAAUUGUUUAAAAAUUACAUUAUUGGAUAUACCAUCACCAUUAGUAGUGGGUGAAUCUGCCGAGCUCACCUGUAAUUAUGAUCUUGAAGAUAAUGUUCUUUAUUCAUUUAAAUGGUAUAAAGAUGGUAUUGAAUUCUAUAGAUAUGUACCACGUGAUUAUCCACCAACACAAUAUCUGAAAAUGUCCGGCAUCAAUGUCGAUAUUCGUAAAUCGAGUAAAAAAUCAGUGUUCCUGCAUAAUGUUAACCUGAGUACAAGGGGUAAAUAUCGUUGUGAAAUAUCUGCCGAAGCACCAAGUUUUGUUACAGCAGCAAAAGAAGGAAAUUUAGAGAUUAAUGUGUUACCAACUAGUGGCCCAAAAAUAACGACCGAUCAAAAUAAAUAUACGGUUGGUGAUGAAAUACAGGCCAAUUGUACAUCGGAUCGUUCAAAUUUGGAUAUUAUACUCAACUUUACAAUCAAUGGUGAACCAAUAACAAAUAGUAUUGAUUAUGAAGUAAAAUAUUCAACACAAUUACAUUCAGAUUCAUUGAAAACAUCCGGUUUAUCAUUACGAUUCUUAUUGAAUGAUAAACAUUUUUAUCAAGGAAAAUUAAAGCUCAAAUGUAUUGCAUCAGUACCAUUAUAUAAUAUACAGAAUGAAGCCAUCAAAAUUGUCAAAGAUUAUCAAUAUAGACAUGAAUUGUUACAAUAUUUUUCAUCAUCAUCAGCAUCGUCAUCUGCAAGUGAAAGUCAAGCAGCACGAUCAAAAGUAUUAAACACUGGACGUAUACAUCAUAUUGGACAUUAUGGUCAUCUAACCGAAAUGAAUAUGGUCAAAUGUUUAUAUGUUCUAUUUACAACAUUGAUACAUUGGCAAUUCCAGAAUUUAUUCCAAUAAUUUUUCGAUCAAUCAAACUGAACCAUCAACUGUAACUGUACAGCAUUGGCAAAAGAAAUGUAAUCAAUUUAAUCAGAUAUUAAACAAAAAUUGUAGAAUACAAACAAACACAUCAACCCCAAUUCUCAAUUUUAAAUCGAUCGACAUUUUUUUCUACUCAAUUUGUCAACAAUAUCAAUAAAUAAAUGUAUGAUAGAAUUAAACAAGAAUUUUUUUUAAAUUAUCUCUAUUCCUUAAUUAUGUUUAGUCAUUAUUUUUC